AGUGGGUAGAUAUAAGUCAUAUCUGCGCGCUUCCUGACAAAGUUCUCACUCAGACUCCUAAGUGUCAUCGUGUGAGAUACACUGUUUAAGCGGAUAUUUUUUUUUCUUGUUUCUUCUUUGCAAUAACUUAUCGUACAAUGCGUGAGUGCAUUUCUAUCCAUGUUGGCCAGGCUGGUGUGCAGAUUGGCAAUGCCUGCUGGGAGCUGUACUGUCUAGAGCAUGGAAUCCAGCCUGAUGGGCAGAUGCCAAGUGAUAAGACAAUUGGUGGAGGGGAUGAUUCAUUCAACACCUUUUUCAGUGAGACUGGAGCUGGAAAGCAUGUUCCUAGAGCAGUUUUUGUGGAUUUGGAACCAACUGUUAUAGAUGAAGUCCGUACUGGUACUUACCGCCAGCUUUUCCACCCUGAGCAGCUAAUUACUGGUAAAGAAGAUGCUGCUAACAACUAUGCUCGUGGCCACUACACCAUUGGCAAGGAAAUCAUUGACUUGGUCUUGGACCGUGUUCGCAAGCUGGCUGACCAGUGCACAGGUCUACAGGGAUUCUUGGUCUUCCACAGUUUUGGUGGUGGUACAGGUUCUGGCUUUACUUCCCUGCUAAUGGAACGACUCUCUGUUGAUUAUGGCAAGAAGUCCAAAUUGGAGUUCUCAAUUUACCCAGCUCCUCAGGUCUCUACUGCUGUGGUAGAGCCAUACAAUUCCAUCUUGACUACUCAUACCACAUUGGAGCAUUCAGACUGUGCAUUCAUGGUAGACAAUGAAGCAAUUUAUGAUAUUUGCCGCAGAAAUUUAGAUAUAGAGCGCCCAACCUACACAAACUUAAAUCGUCUAAUUAGUCAGAUAGUGUCUUCCAUUACAGCCUCUCUUCGUUUUGAUGGUGCCUUAAAUGUAGAUUUGACAGAGUUCCAGACCAACUUGGUGCCCUACCCACGUAUUCACUUCCCUUUGGCUACCUAUGCUCCAGUUAUAUCUGCUGAGAAAGCAUACCAUGAGCAGCUGACUGUUGCAGAGAUUACUAAUGCAUGCUUUGAACCAGCUAACCAGAUGGUGAAAUGUGACCCACGUCAUGGAAAGUACAUGGCUUGUUGCCUGUUGUACCGUGGUGAUGUGGUACCCAAAGAUGUAAAUGCUGCUAUUGCCACCAUCAAAACUAAGCGUACUAUCCAGUUUGUGGACUGGUGCCCAACUGGUUUUAAGGUUGGAAUAAACUACCAGCCUCCUACUGUGGUACCAGGUGGUGACCUGGCUAAGGUGCAGCGUGCUGUAUGCAUGUUGAGCAACACAACAGCAAUUGCUGAAGCUUGGGCUCGCUUGGACCACAAGUUUGACUUGAUGUAUGCUAAACGUGCCUUUGUUCAUUGGUAUGUUGGUGAAGGUAUGGAGGAGGGAGAAUUCUCAGAGGCCCGUGAAGAUAUGGCUGCUUUGGAGAAAGAUUAUGAAGAGGUUGGUGCAGACAGUGUUGAAGGAGAGGAGGAGGGUGAAGAAUAUUAAUAUGUUCAGCUGUCCUGUUUGUGUAAUUUUCUAUGUUUGUACUGUACUGCUGUCCAUGUAAGUGUUGUGGUGAAUAAAAACAUGCUUUCAA